UUCCGAUAGAUUCUCUACUCGCACUUACAUAACUUACGAAAAUUUGACAGUUGACGCAAGUAGCAAGAAAAUUUUAUCCUAUUCGCAAAACAGGCUAAACUAAACUCGAGCAAAAUGGCUGGUGAUUCACAUUCUGAGGGUGCUAAAUCGGGUGGUGGACUGUCUUCGCUCUUCAAUGGCAACACAUUGCGUGGUCGCGCUAAUGUGGCGAAGGCUACAUAUGCUGUGAUUGGUCUCAUCAUUGCCUACAACGUUGUUAAGCCCAAGAAGAAGUAAAAGGAGUCUGCAUACGUACAUAUAUUUUCAAUAAGCCAAAGCACAUAGAAGUCUUGGAAUUCGGUCAGCGGCUCAUUUGCAACAAUUUGUGCUGCUGGUGAAGCAAUGACUGGCAUUAGCUUGUUGUGGGGGAAAUUUUUGCUUAAUUUGCGGGUAGAAAUGUGCAUUUUCUUAAAUGAGAAAGUGAAAUAAAAAAAAUGUAAUGACGCCAAUGAAAUGAAUUUGGUCUGACGUUCUAGAUU